AUGGAAGGCUUGGGGCGAUUUUCACACCCUGUCUGUAGCCUUAAAGUUGAAAAAUACACAAAUCAAAGCACACCGUCAAGCCUUUUUAAUUGCGAAGACGCACCCAUUGAAGUUUAUUUCUGCAAGGAACUGAAUUUCCAAACUUACCUGAAAGUCUUUUUGACGCAAAACUUCAACACUUGCCACAGCAUAAACAGAAACUACAUUCCGAGGUUGUAUACUUGUGACAAGUGCCGUUUUGAAAGCCAUUUCGCCUUGAAAUGGCUUCAACACAGCGUUUCGUGCUCUGAAACUAAAGAAAAACCAGCCAAAGUUACCUCUUUGGAUACGUGUGACCAGUGCGGUUUUACAACCAAACACAAAGCGUAUUUAAAAAGACACAUUGCUGCACAUUUUGUGGAUGAAAAAGACAUCACGUGGCACAAAUGCAGCCAAUGUUCGUAUAAAGCUAAGCACAAAGUGAGUUUGAGGAAUCACAUACAGACCCACCAUGUGGAUGAGAAGGAUGUUGAAUGGUAUGAGUGCACAAAGUGUCCAUAUAAAGCUAAGUUGAAGGUGAGGUUGCGCUACCACGAAAGAAAGACCCAUAAAUGUUAG